CGGGGCGCUCCAUGGCCACCCCGCCGCCCGGCACGCCCCGCCCGGUGCCACCGCCCGCCCCGCUCCAUGACCGCCCGGCCGCCCGGCACGCAAGUUCUCGUCAGAGAGUGAAAGUCACAGCACCCCUUAUCUAUGCUGUUUGCAUUGCUGCCAUUGGCUCUCUUCAGUUUGGGUACAACACUGGUGUCAUCAAUGCACCUGAGAAGAUUAUCCGGACGUUCUUCAACAAAACCCUGUCAGAUAGGAGUGGGAGGGCUGUCUCCCAAGAGCUCCUCACCUCCCUGUGGUCCCUUUCUGUGGCCAUCUUCUCAGUAGGAGGUAUGAUCGGCUCCUUCUCAGUCAGCGUGUUUGUCAACAGAUUUGGCAGGAGGAACUCCAUGCUACUGGUGAAUGUCUUGGCCUUUGCUGGUGGCCUUCUCAUGGCCUUCUCUAAGGCGGCAAAGGCAGUGGAGAUGCUGAUUAUUGGCCGCUUCAUUAUUGGCGUCUUCUGUGGUCUCUGCACCGGCUUUGUGCCCAUGUACAUCAGUGAGGUCUCACCCACCAGUGUCCGUGGAGCUUUUGGCACCCUCAACCAGCUGGGCAUUGUUGUGGGCAUCCUGGUGGCUCAGAUAUUUGGCCUGGAGGGAAUCAUGGGGACUGAAGCACUUUGGCCACUGCUUCUGGGGUUCACAGUCCUCCCAGCAAUCCUGCAGUGUGUGGGUCUUCUUUUCUGCCCUGAGAGCCCCCGUUUCCUAUUGAUCAACAAGAUGGAAGAAGAGAAAGCACAAGCAGUUCUCCAGAAGCUCCGUGGUACACAAGAUGUGUCUCAAGACAUCCAGGAGAUGAAAGAAGAAAGUGCUAAAAUGUCCCAAGAAAAAAAAGCCACUGUGCCAGAGCUCUUCCGUUCUCCAAACUAUCGUCAAGCCAUUAUCAUUGCCAUCAUGCUGCAGCUCUCCCAACAGCUCUCAGGCAUCAAUGCUGUAUUCUAUUAUUCAACUGGGAUUUUUGAAAGAGCUGGUAUCAAACAGCCUGUGUAUGCCACCAUUGGAGCUGGCGUGGUGAACACGGUCUUCACUGUUGUGUCGCUCUUCCUGGUGGAGCGUGCAGGGCGCAGGACCCUCCAUUUAGUUGGUUUGGCUGGCAUGGCUGUGUGUGCUGCUGUUAUGACUAUUGCUUUAGCUCUGAAGGACAUUUUGGAAUGGAUCAAAUAUAUCAGCAUUGUUGCCACUUUUGGCUUUGUGGCUCUUUUUGAGAUUGGCCCUGGCCCUAUCCCGUGGUUCAUUGUGGCAGAACUCUUCAGCCAGGGCCCACGGCCUGCAGCCAUGGCAGUGGCUGGGUGUUCCAAUUGGACCUCCAAUUUCUUGGUGGGAAUGCUCUUCCCCUAUGCAGAGAAACUGUGUGGCUCCUAUGUCUUCCUCAUCUUCCUCGUUUUCCUGGUCAUCUUCUUUGUCUUCACAUUCUUCAAAGUGCCGGAGACCAAGGGGAGGACUUUUGAAGACAUCUCCAGGGGCUUUGAAGGACGAGCAGCAUCCAACCCUACAUCCCCUUUAGAGAAGAACCCCAUGGUGGAGCUGAACAGCAUACGACCUAACAAAGAAGUUGCCUAAGAUUUGUGAAACACCCAUUCUUCAACUCUCACAUGCCUAAAGAGUCAUUAAAGGAAUGAGAAAAGAAAACCAUGA